AUGUCGGGCACAAUCAUGCAGAGCCGACUUCUCGCCUUUAUACUUUUGCUUGCUUUACCGGCUACAAUCUCUGCUACUCUUCAAUGCGAUUUGACAUGGCAGCCGCCUCGCACGCAUCCUAGUAAAGAUCCUUUUUACAACGUGCCGGCCGGCUAUGAAAAUGCCAGCCCCGGAACAAUCUUGAAGUCUAGAAGGCCCCCAUCACCGCUCAGUGCAUUCGCAGCACGCCCAAACAAACUUGAAGACAGUCAUCAGAUCCUAUACAAAACCAUUGACAGCCUGAACCAAUCCACCGCUACAGUCGCCACAGUACUAAUCCCUUCUAAUGCUGACUAUGGGAAGGUACUGUCGUACCAGAUUGCCGAAGACGCCGCCACAAUUGAUUGCGCCCCGUCGUACGGUCUCCAACUGCCGUCAGCUACGGAUACAGUACUCGGUAACAUGGCAACCAUGGCCGAGAUUCUGAUGAUUGAAGCCGCGCUUGACCAGGGUUGGGUGGUAGUAGUUCCUGAUCAUCAAGGCCCGAAAGGCGCAUUUUUGGCCAACGAGCUAGCCGCACACUCAACACUCGACGGUCUCCGAGCCGCUCUACUCUCUGGUAACUUUACCAAAAUUGAGGCAGAUGCCACAAUCGCUCUGUGGGGAUACUCUGGCGGCGGUCUUGUGUCCGCAUGGGCAGCCGAGUUGCAUCCAGUCUAUGCGCCAGAGCUGAAGAUAGCCGGCGUUGCAGUGGGUGGUAUUGUUCCCAACAUCACCACGGCAAUAACGUCGAUGAACAAAGCUCCAUAUGCAGGACUCAUUCCAUCAGGGAUAAUGGGCCUGUACAACCAGUAUCCGGAAUUUGCUCAAGUUGUGAAUCAACACCUUUUGCCGCGUUACCGACCGAACCUCGAGAAAGUAACGCAACAAUGCGCUUCAGCCACGGUCGCACAGUUUUUCUCCGACGACAUAACCGCAAUUUUCGACAAUCCGGAUUUAUUCCACUCCGAUUCGACCUUUAUUGAAAUCUUUGAUGCGAAUGCUUUGGGAAAGCGUCGUCCGUCUGCCCCACUCUUUGUGUAUAAGUCAGUUGACGACGAGAUCAGUCCAAUCCAAGAUACAGAUGUACUGGUAGACUUUUAUUGCGGCAAAGGGGUCUCGGUACAAUAUCUACGGGACUUGGGAUCUACUCAUGAGAGCCUUGGUAUUCUCGGUGCACCCAGCGCAUUGCAGUGGCUGAGGACCGUCCUGCAUGAAGAAGGGCGGCUGGAAGGUUGUUCCAGAGCCAAUGUGCGGUCCGCGCUGUUAGCACCGAACGCAACUACUCUGCCGUACUACAUCAUCGAUGGUCUGCUAGGCAUCCUAUAG